GUCAACGCCUCUCUUCCUCUUCCGCGGUUCCGCCCGAGUUGUCCCGCCGGCUGAGCAGUGAGCACAGUAGGCGAUGGCCGCGCUCUCGGGCAUCCUCCUCGCGGCGUUCCUCGCCGCCGCCGUCCCUUACGCGCUCCGCCUGCUUCACUCCUUCCUGUGGGUCCCGCGCCGCCUCGAGCGCCGGUUCCGCCGCCAGGGCAUCCGGGGCCCGCGGGGCCACCCGCUCUCCGGCAACGCCGCCGACUACCGCGCCCUGCUCGCCGCCGCCCAGUCCGCGCCGCUCGCGUCCUUCCACCACGCCGUCGUCGCCCGCGUCGCGCCGCACUACCGCGAGUGGCCCGAGCGCUACGGCCGCCCGUUCGUGUUCUGGCUCGGGCCCCGGCCGCGGCUGGUGGUCUCCGACCCGGAGCUGGUGAAGACCGUGCUGACCGACUCCACGGGGGCCUUCGACAAGGCCGGCUCCGGCGGUGGCAACCCGCUGGCCAGGCAGCUCUUCGGCGAGGGGCUGGUGGGGCUCACCGGGGAGAAGUGGGCGCGCCACCGCCGUGUGAUCGCUCCGGCGUUCAACAUGGAGAGGGUCAAGGGCUGGAUUUCAGAAAUAACAGCGAUCACCUCAUCCAUGCUGGACAAAUGGGAAGUUCAAGAUGAAGGACGCGCUGAAUUUGAGAUCGAUGUAUUCAAAGAAUUCCACACUUUGAUUGCAGAUGUCAUUUCCUGUGUGGCGUUUGGAAGUAGCUAUGAGGAAGGAAAGCGUGUUUUCCAAUUGCAAGAGGAACAGCUAAAGCUUGCUCUUCUUGCAAUGAGGACUGUAUAUAUUCCUGGCUUCAGGUUUGUGCCAACAAACAAGAACCGAAGAAGGCAUAUGCUAAACAAGGAAGUUCGGAAUUCCUUGCGCAAAUUGAUCGAGAUCAAUGGAAGGAAGUGUGAGGAUUCCAACAAUUUGCUUGGGAUGAUGCUGUCGGCCAGUAAAAUUGGUAGCGAAUUCAGGAUGGGAAUUGAAGAAAUAAUUGAUGAGUGCAAGACAUUUUACUUUGCCGGGAAAGAAACAACAGCUACCUUGUUGACAUGGGCAACUCUUCUUCUAGCUUUACAUCAAGAGUGGCAAAGCAUGGCUCGCGACGAAGUCCUUCAAGUGUGUGGCAAGUACAAGCACCCAAAAGCAGAAAACCUAAGUGAUCUCAAAAUUGUAAAUAUGGUGUUAAAAGAAACCCUUAGGCUAUAUCCUCCAGCUGUGUUUCUCAGUAGGAUAGCCAACAGGGAUGCCAAGCUGGGCAAACUCGACAUCCCGGCUGGCACGCAGCUCCAUUUGCCUAUUCUUGAUAUUCAUCAUGAUGUCAACAUAUGGGGCGCCAACGCAGAUGAGUUUGACCCAUCAAGGUUUGCAGAGGGCAAGAGCUAUCACCUUGGUGCGUACUUCCCCUUUGGGAUUGGCCCUACCAUCUGCGUUGGCCAGAAUCUUGCGAUGGUUGAAGCAAAGGUGGCCCUUGCGAUGAUCCUUCAGCGCUUCGCAUUUGUUGUCUCACCGUCCUAUGUUCAUGCGCCAAUGCUUAUGCUCACACUCCAACCCCAGUAUGGUGCUCAAGUUCUUCUCCACAAGAUUUGAGACUUCGAUUGAUCUGUGUGUGGAUUUUUGGGUUCUUGCAGUAAGGGAUGGUGAAUGCAGCUGGUAUUGUGUAUCAUAUAUCUGUGAGUAAUUUUGAGAGGAUGUUUCCAUCUUGUCUGAACUUUCUCUCAGAAGUGGGGCAGGACUUGUUGAAUCUCAGACGAUGAUAGAUUAGUAAAAACUCUUGGUGCCUGCAGAAAUGUGCACAACAUAAAAUAGUUUGCAACUCUGCAUGUCUUACUUGAUGGACUGUACAGAAAAUAUAUGGUAAUGGUUUGCAAUUGUAAAUGAAUGUUGCUCUCCUUCUCUUCUUUUCUUUUGGAUCAUCUACUGCAUAUGUUGUCAUAUCUCGAACAAAUUUGUCCUAAGCUAAGCAUCAU